UAUAUAUUUGAGCAUAUAUACUAAGCAUCUGCUGCGCCCCUAGUACAUACAUUAUGUGCUUGUUGGUGCCAAGCGCAUUCUAAGCCAUACUAGGGCUUCCUCAGCUACAAACACAAAACGGGCUCGCAGAACUCGCUUCGUCCAUUCCUGGGCAGCCUUGAAGCCCCUCCCCUAGUAGCCCACCGUCAAACCCUAAAUGCCGCCCCGCGAUCUAGCUCUCUCGCAGGCAUUCGCGCUUGCGCACUCUGAGCAACAAGUUGGGGCGGGGGCGGGCCCUCCCUACCGAAGACUACAUUUCCCACAGGCCUCUGCUCGUAGUUUCCUUCCGGCUUUCUUGCUGGUGUCGGCUCCGAGAGAUCUGGCUUAUCUGGACUCUGCGGUUCUCCGAAGAGAAAUCUUGAAAAGGACUGACCAGUUCUUGCAUUUUGAAACCAUGGCCCAUGGUUCAGUGACAUUCAGGGAUGUGGCCAUAGACUUCUCACAGGAAGAAUGGGAAUUCCUGGACUCGGCUCAAAGAGACUUAUAUAGGGAUGUGAUGUGGGAGAAUUAUAGUAAUUUCAUCUCACUAGCAGAACCUUCCAUUUCUAAACCAGAUGUGAUUACCUUAUUGGAUGAAGGGAAGGAGCCCUGGAUGGUUAUAAGGGAAGGGACCAGAAGACACUACCCUGAUUUGGAGUCCAGAUACAGGACCAAUACUUUAUCUCCAGAAAAGGACAUUUAUGAAAUAUAUUCAUUCCAGUGGGAGAUAAUGGAAAGAAUUAAAAGUUACAGUCUUCAGGACUCCCUUUUUAGAAAUGAUUGGGAAUGCAAAGGCAAGAUUGAGGGGCAAAAGGAACCACAAGAGGGAUAUUUUGGGCAAGUGAAAAUUACUUCUGAAAAAAUGACCACUUACAAAAAGCAUAAUUUUCUUGCUGAAUAUCAGAGAAUUCAAAAUGGAGAAAAGUUGUAUGAAUGUAAGGAAUGUAGGAAGACCUUUAUUCGCCGCUCAACACUUAGUCAACACCUGAGAAUUCAUACUGGGGAGAAACCUUAUAAAUGUAAGGAAUGCGGGCAGGCAUUUAGACAGCGUGCACACCUUAUCCGACAUCACAAACUUCAUACUGGUGAGAAGCCCUAUGAAUGUAAGGAAUGUGGAAAGGCCUUUACAGUGCUCCAAGAACUUACUCAACAUCAGAGGCUUCACACUGGUGAAAAACCCUAUGAAUGUAAGGAGUGUGGAAAAGCCUUCAGAGUGCAUCAGCAACUUGCUCGACAUCAGAGAAUUCACACUGGUGAGAAACCCUAUGAAUGUAAGGCAUGUGGGAAGACCUUUAGGCAGUGUACACAUCUUACUCGACAUCAGAGACUUCAUACUGCUGAGAAGCUCUAUGAGUGUAAGGAAUGUGGGAAAGCCUUUGUAUGUGGUCCAGACCUUAGAGUACAUCAGAAAAUUCAUUUUGGUGAGAAACCUUAUGAAUGUAAGGAAUGUGGAAAGGCUUUUAGAAUAUGCCAACAACUUACUGUCCAUCAGAGUAUUCAUACUGGUGAGAAACCCUAUGAAUGUAAGGAAUGUGGAAAGACUUUUAGACUAAGGCAGCAACUUGUUCGCCAUCAGAGAAUCCAUACUCGUGAGAAACCCUAUGAAUGUAUGGAAUGCUGGAAGACCUUUAGUAGUUACUCACAACUUAUUUCACAUCAGAGCAUUCAUAUUGGUGAGAGACCGUAUGAAUGUGAAGAGUGUGGGAAGGCCUUUAGAUUGCUCUCACAACUUACCCAACAUCAGAGUAUUCAUACUGGUGAGAAACCCUAUGAAUGUAAGGAAUGUAGAAAACCUUUUAGACUGCUCUCACAACUUACUCAGCAUCAGAGUAUUCAUACGGGUGAGAAACCUUAUGAAUGUAAGGAAUGUGGUAAGGCUUUUAGACUUUAUUCAUUCCUUACUCAACACCAGAGAAUUCAUACUGGGGAGAAACCCUACAAAUGUAAGGAAUGUAAGAAGGCCUUUAGACAGCAUUCACACCUUACUCAACAUCAGAAAAUUCAUAAUGGAGUUUAAAACAAGAAGGCCUUCAAUUGUACAUUAUGUAACAAUAUCAGAAAAUUCAUUUUUGAGAAAUUUGUUUCAUGCUUCAACUAAGUGUAAGAAAUUUUAUAUUAUUGGGAAAAAAUGUUGCUUUAAAAGCCUUCCAUCACCUUUCAGAUGUUUAUCUUUGGCAAAUUCAUUUGAGGGAAUAAUACAAUGAAUGUAGGAAAAACUUUAGCCUUAUCUGUCAUUAUCCCAUUUCACCACUUUAUUACCAGUGUGUUAUUGGACAAGGUACUUAAACUUCUGUGCCUCAUUUUGCUCACUUGUAAAAUGGUGAUAAUAGUACCUAUGUAUAUUAGUUAUUUAUUGCUGUAUAAUAAAUUACCACAAACCUAGUAGCUUAAAAUAAUACUUAUUAUCUCAUAAUUUCUAUAGGUCAGGUGUCUGGACAUAACUUCGUUGGGGCUUCUCCUUUAGGGUCUCACAAAGCUAAACUAAAGGUUUCAGCCAGGGUUGGGUCUCAUCUGAAGGUCUAACAGGGGAAGGGAUCCACUUUCAGCCUCACAUGGUUGUCAGCUAUUGCACUGAGGUCCACAGUUUCUAGUUGGCUGUUGGUUGAAGGCUGACCUUAGUUCCAUGCUACAUGGGCUUCUUCAAAUGGCUGCUUAUUAAGUGUGCAAGUCAAGAAUGUGGUAGAGCCUGCUAGCAUCACAGAAGCUAUAAUCGUAUGUGAUCUAAUCACCAAAAUAACACCUUUGCUGUCCUCUACUGAUUAGAACCAAGUUACUGGGCUACCCCACACUCAAGGGUAGAGAUUGUAGAGGAUUACACAAGAGUAUGAAUACCACAAUGUAGGAACCAUUUCAGAGUCAGCCUGCCAACACUGUGUGACAGGAUUGUCUUGAGGAUUAAUUAGUUAAUGCUUGGAAAAAUAGCAGCCACAUAGCAUGUUUUCUGUAAAUAUUAUCUACAGUCGUUAUCAUUAGUAUUAGUGAAUUCAUAUGAAAAAAAUAUACUAUAGAAGUAGUAAAUGUAGAAAUGCCUCAUGUCACUGCUCAGCACUUAAUUAAAUUUAAGAUAAUUUAUUCCAGAUAAAAUCUAGGACGUUAUAUGGAAAGUGAGAAGUUCUUCAUCAUUUGAGCAUUUGAGCUGCGUCAGUAAUUUCAUGCUUAAAAGAAACCUUAUGAAUUUCAUGAAGGUGAGGUUAAGAUUAACAACUGUUGAAGGAUCAGAAAAAAUAUGGAAUUAGUUUCCCAUAAUAAAUUCCAAAAAGUAAAUGUUUUGCAAUCCCUGUUGUUUGACCACUGUUAAAGAUGAAUUUGAAAUUAUUAAAAAGAUGGCAGGAAACUCACCAGUUGGAAGUUUAAUAUUGUGUGUGCAUAUGUGUGUGUAAAACUCUUGUAUAAAAGAAAAAACAUUUCCUUUGUAGUCAGUUUUCUGUUUGAUCAAAUUGCCCCAUCUUCAACCAGUGGGAGUUGGGUCUUUUGACAUGAUCCCCCUAGUAGUUUGAUAGUUUACUUGGUCACAGCUACACAGUUUAGUCAGCAAUGGAAGAUGCUUGGGUACCAACUCAUCCUGAAAAUUGAUAAGGAGAAAAAUGAGCACUUCUUUUGCUUUUUCCAUGUGGACCAAGUUUCAGGGCCACCAAAAGCUCAUCAAAUUAAAAGGGUUUGUUUGUUUUUUUAAAUAAUCAUUACAAAUAAACAGAAUGAUAGGAUUAGAAAAAUCACCAUUUUCUAGUUCCCUAGUAGAAUAAUGGGUCCAGAAAAUGAUCUUCAGUCGAUAUUAACACUAUUGAGUGAAAUAUUUUAUAGUGAGAACUUUACAAUGGAUUUAUCAAGCUGACUACCUCUGAGCCCUUUGAUCAAUUUUAACCUCUAUAAAAGUGGGACUAUCAGACAAUAUCCACCUCCUGAUAAAAUGCAAUAGGAAGUACACACCACCACCUACAAAGCCUUACCGCCAAAACAACUGAAGAAAGCAAACCUUUAAAUCAAAUUCUUUAAAACAAGAAUUUGGGGAAUAGCUGAACAAAGUAAAUGGCACCAGAAGGAAGCAGCCAAGCAGACCCAGAACUGUAAAAUUCUACAAAAUAAAUGAUCUGAUUUCUUCAACUUAAUGAGUGAUAUGAAAAAGAAAAGGUAAGGGCAACUGUUAAUUGAUUAAAAGAGACCUAAGAGACCUAUCAACUAAAUUCAGUACAUGGGCAUUACUUGGACCUAGUUUACACAAAAUGUAAAAAGACAUUUUGGAGACACUGGGGAAAAUGUGGACACGCACUGAGUAUUAGAUGAUAUUUAGAAAUACGCAUUUUGUUAGGGAUAAUGUUAUUGUGGUUAUUAAAAAAUAAAAGGUUCUAAGUGUUAGAGAUACAUACUUCUAUAUUUAUGAAAUGGUAAGAUACUGCAUUUGCAUUAGAAGACUCCAGCAAAAGAAAAAGAAUUGGCACAGAGAGUUGGGAAGUAGAGUAGUAAAAUGUUAAUUACUGAAGGGUAGUGGUUUGUUUUUUUUUUGGGGGGGGGGGGUCAUUGUUCUAAUAUUUUCUAUUUUCUACUUCUUUAAUGUGUUUGAAAGCUUCCAUAAUAAAAUGUUUAAAAUCAAAACCAAAAUUUAUAGACUUACAAAUGAUUGUUGACGAGAUGUGUGUAUCUAAACUUGUCAGAUGUCACCAGAAUUCUGUUCGGUGAGAAAUUCAUCCCCUUUAAUGCAUUAAGGAAAUUUCGUUUGUGGGGCCAAUCUUCAUCAUCUUCACCAUAUCUACGCCUGUCAGAUAAAUAAGUGU